CCAUGAAUUGGCCACUGAUAAGUGUCGUAAUGCUGUCCAGUGUUUUGUGUACGUCGUCUCAAUCGCUAGGGCCCAACCGUAUAGCUUGUGGCAAACGUAGAGUAAAGACAAUUCAUCUGAUACACAAAGGUGUUGACGCGAAGCCAGGCCACUGGCCAUGGCAUGCCGCCAUCUUCCAUCGUGUGCGUGGUAAGCUGGAGUACGCUUGUGGUGGAUCAAUCAUUGACGAGGAAACUAUUCUCACGGCCGCUCACUGUGUCUUCCUUGAGAAUGGGCCUAUCCCAGAGAACCGGAUAUUGGUGCGUGUGGGUGCUAUUCAUCUAACCGAGGAGAGUGAAUACGUGCAAGAACACUCGGUGGAUGAGGUGAUAGCCCAUCCAGGGUACAAUGCGAGCAGAUUUAUGAACGAUAUUGCACUGUUGAAGCUGACCAACAACAUCACGAUGACACAGUUCGUUCAGCCCGUUUGCCUGUGGACGAUGGAUGACGGUCAGGAGAUGAUCGUGGGUAAGAAUGGUAGCUUGGUAGGGUUUGGACUAAACGAACAAGAUGUUGUGUCUGACGAGCUGAAGCAGGCAACGAUUGGUGUAGUGGACGCAUUAACAUGCAUCAAAAGUGAUCGUGUAUCGUACGCUAAUCAGCUUACUUCGGAGAUGUUCUGUGCUGGAGGACAGCAGGGAGUUAGCGCAUGCAAUGGUGACAGCGGCGGAGGUUUAUUCUUCAACGUGGAAGGCAAAUGGUUCGUGCGGGGCAUCGUUUCGUUUAUUCCUUUCGGAAUAGGAACGAAGCUUUGCGAUCCCACGAAGUAUACUGCCUUCACCGAUGUUGCAAAGUACAUGGGAUGGAUCGAGCUAUUCGUUAAUCCGCGUGUGCUAUUGUUUGACACUAACGAACUGGAAGUGGAUUACGAAGAAAAGCUUUCGCUGUUUAACCUUAACACUUGUGGAACUCAUACCGAAACAUUUGCCGCUAACGGAAAACCGACGCCGCGACCUUGGCUAGGAAUGGUCGUAACGAAUGUUCCAGAAAUUAAGUGUGUCGUCACGUUGAUAAGCGAAUGGUAUGCUGUAGGUGCAGCAAGCUGCUUCAAAGAUGGUGUCAAAAAUUUACGUAUCUUGUUAGGCAUACCAUUAGAGCAACUUGAGCAAAAAUGUUUCGAACGGGAUGGAGUUACGGUGUGUUCCAAUCAACCACAGCUUCGAAAAAUUCAACGUGUGAUCAUCCAUCCCAGAUUUACCAUUAACGCCAUUAACAACGAUAUAGCACUGAUCGAGCUUCGAGAUCCCGCAGACACUACGCAGCCGAAUGUGAAACCCAUCUGUUUGCCAGUUACACCGACUCUGUACACAAAUCUAACGACUAAUUUGUCAGUGAUGUCUUACUCCUUGGAUGAAGGUCUUUACAGAGACCAGAUCGUAAACUACGUGGAUUUGAGGUUGUGUACAAAAACAUUCGUAACGUCAGGGCUGCCAGUAGAAGAGAAGAGCCUUUGUGUGGCCGUUCCAUUUGAGGAUGUCCUGAAGUGUACUUCUAUGGGUAGAGGAGCACCUCUUCAGGAGCGAAUUAUGUUCGGUGCUGACGGGCGAUACAUAUUACGAGGCUUAGACAUACUAGGACUCACCUGCACAGGUGUAACGAGUAUACUGAAUGCCUAUAUUGAUCUGUAUGGUUAUCUUGAUUGGAUGCUAUACAACAUGAAACAUCAUGUAGCACGAAACAUCGAAGCGGAAGCAGCGAAUGCCACUUUAGCCGAAUGGAUCAAGUUGCAGCAGGAACCGGGCAAGGAGAAGUUGAAAUUGUUCAAUAUGGAUACCUGUGGAUUAAAUGUAGUUACUGCUAGUUCAACUAUCAUUCCCUGGAUCGGGACAUUAAAAGCAGUUAAAAAUCGUACGGAAGAAACGUUUAGUUUUAGCCCCCGAAUUUUGCCAAAGGAAAUCGCAAGUUUAGUAGUGCUAAUAAGUGAUCGAUAUGCGUUGGCUCCGGCUCAUGUUUUUAGUGAAGCGGUGUUAUGGCGAUCCAUUUACUUAGGAGAUCCACGUCACGAUAUGCGGGUUGAAAUCGUGUGUAUGUUUCAAAAAUGUGAUCGCCCGUACCAAGAAGUGCAGAUAAAAAAUAUUACUAUCCAUCCGGGGUACAACUCAACUACAAAUAUGCAUAAUCUCGCUCUAAUUGAGCUACUAGAGCCAGCCAACACUACAAAACCAUUCAUCAGUCCCAUCUGUAUGCCUCUGACGGAGAAACUUCGCAAUAGUACACCGUUUGAAUUGAUGGUGCCGAUGUACAUUGACCACGAAGAAAGUAGUAAUCUUUUACCGCUGGAUCUGUUGAACUGCCAGGAACGAUUCGCACAGGAGAGUUACUUAGUGACGUUGACCGAUCAUUUGCGCUGUGCCGUUUUGGAUGAAGACUAUGGUGAAGCAACAACGGUGAAAUCGGGCGCUCCAUUACAAACAUUGUUGCAGAUUGGAGAGAAGCAGCGUUACUUUCUAGGCGGUAUAAACAGCUUCAAAGAUUUGGUUAAUUAUCACAAUCCCAACUAUCCGUAUCUGUUCACGGACAUCAAUCCGUAUCUCGAUUGGAUUCUGGAAAACAUGCAGCUUCAUGAUCGUGAUACUCCGUCCAACAAACUCCAACCAUCGGAAUUGAUCCGUGUGGAUCGUAUGCCAGUGCGGAAAACAUCGAAAGGAAGACUUUUCAAUUUUAACACAUGUGGCAUAUACACGAGAGAUACCACUCCGGAGGGAACCAAUGAAACUGAACCUUGGUCUGGAUUCGUAUUUUCAUGGAACUCAACGAACAAGUCCAUUGGCUUUGACAAAUGUGCCGUGGUGCUGAUUAGCGAGUGGUACGCUGUGGGAAUCGCGAGUUGCUUACAGCAAGAAAAAAAACUAUUCGUUCAGUUUGGCGUAUACUUUAAGCAAUAUAAAGAGAAUUUGCUCAAGUAUGAGGAGAUUACGUAUUCCCAACCAACAACGCACAUGAUACCAAUAAAAAAAAUCAUCGUUCAUCCACACUAUAGCAGGGCAAGUUAUGCCAACGAUAUUGCACUGGUACAGCUUGCAAGACCGGCCGACAUCUCACAAAACCACGUAAAACCCAUCUGUUUGCCAAUCAUAGACGAGAUACGUAGUUAUGACGCAUCAAGCAUGGCAACAAUAUCUUUUGGUACGCUCAGGGAUAUCUUCAAAACGUCAAAGGUCGGUCGCAGAUAUAUCAAUUCGACCGUAUGUCAAGAGCGCUGGGAUGGAUUAGCGUUGAAUUUUGAGAUACAGCAUACGAAACAGUGUAGCUUGUUGCCUAAAUAUCUUAAAAAUGCAUUUUAUCGCAUAUCGGCUUUGCCAGGCUUUGCGCUCCACACAACGCAAGACCUGCGAGGGUCAAAGCGUCACUUUAUACGUGGCUUACUUAUUCUAGAACCCGAACUUUACAGCUCAUACUAUCCUGCGAUCUAUACUGAUGUAGAUGCUUAUCUUGAGUGGAUAUUGGAAAACAUGGAUGAGAAAUUAAACACAUUCGGUCAAACAUAUAACUUAACGGAACGGUUAAUUUUCGUUUAAAUACAA